AUGCUUUCCAGCGUCACCCAUCCGAUGGAGCCCCUCAUCUCCGACAAUCUCACCUCGCCUGCCCUUGCCAGCAACAUUAGGUCCGGUGACCUUAGGGUCAUUGCUUCUAUUGCUCAAAUUUACAAGCCCUAUGUCUUAUUAAGCCGUAGGAGAGGUUUUAGAUGGGAUGAAGCCAACCUUGGAUCUUUAUCUCCUAUUGGGGGCUCUGAUAGUUUCCUUGAAGGAGAUGAUAACAGCAACAUCAGACUGAAUGUUGAUGCAAUUCGUUCAGCACUGAAUGAGAUGGCAUCUUCUAGUAGCAACAGUAACUCCCAUUCUGGAUGGACAUCUUCAGAUGAUGAAGAUGAAGCAGAUGUCAUGGAUCAUGAUCUAGAUGAUGAAGGUGGGAAGAGUGCAAGAAGCUUUAGGGAGAAAAGAAAGGCGUACUAUGAUGAAUAUCGCAAAGUGAAAGAGUUACAGAAGAAGGAAUCAAUGAAAAAGGAUGAUGAAAAGCAAUCCAUUGUUGAUGGUGUGGGAGAUAUAACUAUCAAAUGCAAUUCACAUAUGAAAUUCGAGAGGGUAGGAGAAAACGGGUUCUCUCGGCUGCAGGGAGUUUGGAUGCUGCGGGAGAUUGUGAUCUCGAUUGUGAUGAAGAUACUAACAGCUCUGUGUUUCCCUUACGUGUUGUCACGAGGGGUAUUUACGGUAUUUUGUUACCUGUUGGUGGUGAACUCGGGUGUUUACAGAUUUGCAUGGGUGGGGUGUAUGACUUUUAGUAUGAAAGGUGCUUUAUGUUCUGAUACUAGUAUUGGUCAAGGGGGGUUGAUGAAAGCGAAUAGCUCUCGAGUUAGAAGUGGAAAAGAAAGCUCAAGCCGAAAGCGAUAA